AUGGCAGAUCUAUCUAUAUAUAUGUGUAGGUCCUCUUCCCUUUGUCAUAUUCUUCUCUUCUCUCAAUAUAAUUCUCACAUUCUAGCUUCGGCCUCCUCCUCCUCCUCUCCUUCCCUCCCCUUUCUUCACACCCCCACUUUACCUGUCUCACUUCCUACUACUUUUCAUUAUCACAUCAUACCACAAAACACAACAACCCCCAGCCUGGCAAAGCUGCCCCCUACAGCCCCAAUGACCGAGCACAUACCCUCCUCGGCGACCUCCAUGGUCGACGAAGAGAAAAUGGAGAAGAAGCUCGCCGAGUCCACCACCGACCGCCCCACCAGCGGCAGCAAGGCAUCCCUCAAAGAUAACCUCUCCGCCAACAAUGCCGCCCCCGAGACCGUCUACCCCACCGGCUUCCGUAUGGCCGCCAUUGUCGUCGCCCUCGCCCUAGGAAUCUUCCUCGUCGCCCUCGACAUGACCAUCGUCGCAACAGCCAUCCCUAAAAUCACCGACACAAAAGGCUUCAAAGGGCUUGAUCUGAUCGCCUGGUAUAGCUCCGGCUUCUUCCUGACGCUCGGUUCCUUCCAAUCUACGUGGGGCAAAAUCUACAAAUACUUACCCCUAAAAAUCUCCUUCCUAAUCUCCAUCGCCGUCUUCGAGCUCGGCUCCCUAAUCUGCGGCGUCGCGCCCAACAGCACCGCCCUGAUCGUCGGCCGCGCCAUCGCCGGUGCAGGAGGCGCCGGUAUCGCCUCGGGGGGCUAUACCAUCAUCGCCUUCUCCGCCUCUCCCAAGAUGGCGCCUGCAUUCACUGGUCUCCUCGGCGCCAGUUACGGAGUCGCUAGUGUGAUUGGUCCUCUCCUUGGUGGAGUCUUUGCUGACCACGCGACGUGGAGAUGGUGUUUUUAUAUUAAUCUCCCCAUCGGAGGCGUAGCCGCCAUAAUCAUCUUCCUCUACUUCCAGACCCCCCCCGCCGCCAUCCCCACGCCCGCCCCCCUUUGCGAAAAACUCCUCCAAAUGGACCCCCUCGGCAACCUAAUCGUCGUCAUCGGAGUCGUCUGCUACAUCCUCGCCCUGCAAUGGGGCGGCGUCACCAAAUCCUGGUCCUCCGGCCCCGUCAUCGGCACCCUCGUCGCCUUCGGUCUAUGCAUCUUCCUCUUCAUCGGCGUCGAAUACUACCUCGGCGAGCGCGGCAUGGUAGUCGGUCGUCUGCUAAAGAAACGCACAAUCUGGGUCCCAAUGCUGUACUCCCCCUUCCUCGGCGGCGCCUUCUUCGUCCUGCUCUACUACCUCCCUAUCUACUUCCAAGUCGUCGGCGGGGUGUCGCCGUCGGAGAGUGGGAUCAGGAAUCUGGCGAUGAUUAUUGCGACUUCGAUUGCUACGAUUGCGUCGGGGGCGAUGAUUAGUAUGUUCGGGCAUUACGUGUAUAUCCUCAUCGCUGGGGGGGCUUUUACUGCUAUUGGCGCGGGUCUGAUAUAUACCCUCGACCUCCACUCCGCCGCCUCGCAAUGGAUAGGGUACCAAGUCCUCGCCGGCCUUGGUGUAGGCUUGUCAAUCCAAUGCGCCAUCAUCGUCGCGCAAUCCACCUCCGCCCCCUCGGACGUCAGUUCCGCCACCGCAAUGGUCCUCUUCACCCAGACGAUCGGGGGCGCGUUCUUCGUCUCCGCCGGGCAAACGGCAUUCACCAACAUCCUCCUCAAGCGGGCUCAGAUCUACGUUCCGGGGAUUGAUCCGCAGAGGAUACUGGCGGUGGGGGCGGGGCAAAUUAGAGAGGCGUUUGCAGAGGAUGUGGUGGAGGGCGUUAUUAGCGCGUAUAUGGAUGGCCUCAGGGGGGCGUUUGCGAUUGCGAUCGCGUGUGCGACGCUGGCGACGCUGAUUGGGGCGGGGGGGAGGUGGGUUAAGCUUGCGGGGAUGGCGGGGGGUACUAUGUGA